CUAAAGUUAGUGCGGUCGUUAAAACGUCGUCACUCUCGGAAUGAAACCAUCUCAGGAUUUGUCGGGUUAAGAACAAAACAUUCACUUGUUGUAUUGUAUAUCUUCUGGUGCUCUUCUGGUUCUAUCAAGCUUGGUUUUUGUCCAAUCUUUAUUUGACCCACCUUUCACCCAAAGAUAUUAGCCGAUUAGCCUCAUUCGUUUUCCAAACAGCAGUGCAGGUUUCCGUAUCUUUACCUUAACGAACCUGUUUCUAUCCCUUGCUCAACAACAACUCCACAUAGGGAAAAAAGAAAAACAAGUUACCCAUGAGUGAAGUCAAAGCAAGCGCGAUACCCGAGGUGUUCGAAUCUCGCAAGCGUAAAAUUCUUGCAGAACUCUCUGUUCCCGACGCAGAGUACACAGACCUCUCGCCCAAGGGGUCUGUCGAUGAGGGUAUUCGGGACCUAAUCCAUGAAAUUAAUACUCACCCAGGCUUAGUUACCACCAGUAGCUGCGCGGGGCGUAUCAGCGUGUUCCUAGAGGGGCGAAAGAAGCAGCCGAAGCCGCACGAGGAGCAAGAAAGACAGUUUGUAGCCUCGGGAGGUAAAGGUGCUGGGAAAUGGCUGUAUGUUUCUCACGAUCCUUUGCAAGGCUAUGGCGCACCAUGUGGCAGCAAUAGCUCUGAAAGAGACAGCCAUCAAGGGAAGUCGUUGCAUGAGUUGUUUGGAAUGGUCCCUGGAGAUGGUAAACCCCCCGGGCUGAACAAACAAGGAAAAGCCCCGCGUCUCGUGCGCUUCCAUUUCGAGCCUCUGAUUCUUCAUAUAAUGACAGCAACGCUACAACAUGCUCACCCCGUAUUAUCUGCCGCCUCAAGCUCUGGCUUCCGCGAAAGUGGGCUACAGAGUUUGCGCUGUUUGGAGGGUGAUGAAGGUCCUAGUCCGAUCGUCGCCGUGCGCUCUGCGGGUUUAUCCCUGGAGUCAGUGAUUGGGUACUGUGAAGAUAGCGACGCCGACGACGUGACAGCAACCGACGAACCAGUCCUUCGCAGCCUCGUAACAGAGGAGUAUCUGCAGAUGUUGGUUGCAAUCGCAAAUGAAAGGUUCUCAAUCAACACAGAACGAAAAGAAAGAUUCCGAGAGAAUUUGCUAGUUUUAUACUCUGCAAGCCGAGGACCAAAGACGAACAAGAAAACCAAAUCUCCCGGAUGGGAGGAUGCCCAGACACGACGAGAGAGGAUGAGAGCUGAGGGGCUGAUGAGACAGAAACUUCUCCAAGACCAGGCGAAAGACAAUGAAGUUCGAGAUACGCUGCAAGCUACUAAGGAACCGUGACUAAA